UCAAUACAAAGAAAUCAAUACUAUUUAUUUCAGUGUGUUUUCUAAUGUUCGUCAUAUUUACUAUCUUCUAAUUCUGAGUUCACUGUUCAUCGGCUUAUGAACAGUGAAGGCUCGAGCCACCUGCCUCCUGUCUCUUGCGUCGCCACCUGCCGCACUGCUCGGUGCUAUCGUGUCUUGGCCUCUUCGCUCCACAUAGAGGUGAAGGGAGGAAAGUGGUGGUGUUGGUUACGAUUUACAAACUCCGAUUCCAUCUUCCUUGCUGCGACGUUCUUUUUGUCCUCUGAUUAGUCGCUGGGUUAGAGUUCCACAGAUAUUGUUUUACCCGCAUCUAAGGAUUACCUGUCAAUCUGCGAAGCCGUGGUGUUGGUUUGCCACUGCGUGUUUGCCGAAGAGAACGAGUGAGAGAGAGAGGUAUAUUCUGUGCUUGCAUGCCGAUGGCUUCAGCCCCUAUCUCUCUCUCCCCUUGCUGGGAGAACCGUCGAUUACUGGCCUUGCUCAGAAAGCGGAGGAUAUGACUCCGAUGAUUCGGUUAAGGACCUGAGUUACAACACUCUUGAAGAAACCCAUGCCCUGUCCUUGAAGCUCUCUAUCAACAGUAAUUCCAAGGCCAGUAGAUGAUUGUGCCUAAGCUUAAUCGGAAUGAUGUUGAAAGCUAUGAACAUGUCCAGAAGAUGAUUCAAGACAAGGAAUCUCCGAUUACACAACCACUUCCCAAACCAGUGUUUGCAUUCCUCUUUGAAAUGCCGUGAGGGCAUACGGCAUGGUUGGUCCAGAUUGAACAAAAAGAUUUUGAAGGUAAAUCGUGCAAGCGGAGGGAGGACAAUCAAUUGUUCAAAUUCUGUUGACCGAAAUAGUAAGGAGUGUUGAUUUCAAUGAUCAGGUAAAAGAACAGCUUGAAAGAUCCACACUGAGACUUGAAGUUGAAAAACGAGCGCCAACAACUAAUGGACUCCAUGCUAAUACGUGAGCUGCAGUCCUAUGCAGAUGAGGACUAUAAAAUCAGAGUUUGUGUCUGCAGAUUAUGGCGAGGAAAGAGGAUAAACCCAGAACGAAAUGAUGGACUGCAUUGCAUAUUGGUUGAUGAAAGGGGCGAUGCAAUUCAUGGCAUAACAAGUGAAGCAAAUUAUUCAUCAGUCUCUGGAAAACUAAAACAAGGAGAGAUAUACCUGAUCUCCGAUUUCUAUGUACGAGAUAGUCAAGACGAUUAUAAAGUUAUGGACAACUCAAUCCAAGCUCAUUUCAAUGGGAAAACAAAAUUCAAGCUCUUGCACAACAGCUUUCCACAGAUUCCACAACAUCGAUUCUAUCUACUAGAUUACAAUCAGCUGAAAAACCGCAUUGGCAAAACUAAACUUCUCACAGAUCUCUUUGGCUGUGUGAAAUCAAUCAUGCCAGUUGAAGAAGUUAAUACCAGAGAUGGAAUAGAAUCAAAAUGUGAAAUUACACUCCAAAACUUCAGAAGAGAAGAAACCAGAGUGACAUUAUGGGGAGAUAGUGCUAGAAAAGUUGACAUAGACACUAUUGAAAGUCUACCUCCACCUGUGCUUAUGGUCAUAACUAGUUUGAAAGUCAAGAAGUACAAAGAAAUGCCUGCACCAUCAAACACCAGUCAUACUUGCAUUUUCAUCAAUCCAGAAAUCCCACAGGCAGAUCCCUACAAAAUCGAUUAUAGAAUCCAUGCCACCAUUGAAGAUCCAAACAGUGAGGCCACAGUCAAGCUUAGAGGAAAAGCAGCUGAACAAUUGUUUGGAAUAACUUGCAAAGAACUCAUAGACAAGUACCCUUAUGCUCCACAGGAAACAUUACCACAGGAAAUAUUGCAAACACGGGCAGAUCCACAUUUUCCAAAUCCAAAUCAGUGAGGCAAAUGACUUCAUAGUGAAAGGUAUCUUUCCAAGCACAAAGAACCAACCAAGUGCCAGCACACCAGCCCAUCCCCUGUAUCAGAAAAAAAGAUCCAUCGACAAAGGAAGAAGACAACUUUUUCCUACCAAUCCAGACAAAAAGCCCCGCAGGGAAGGAAGCACUGAAUCAGCAACAUCAUCAACAAACACUGUGAACAAGGAAAAAAUGGACUGAAAUAUCAUAUCACUGUUUCGUGUAAAUAGAAAUGGAGGCAGAAACUUUUGGACAACCUCCACAAGGAAUCAUCACUAGGCUAGCUAACAACCUCUCAGCAGCUUACAUAACUUUUGAUAUAACCACUAAGUUAGCCUAUAAGUAGAUCAUUGUAUUUUGAACAAGCUGUUUUAACAGCAUUUGUAUUUAGCUUCUGUUUGAACAAUCUAUUUUUGAGAAGCUGUAGCUGUUGUAUAUAUAUAUAUAUAUAUAUAUAUAUAUAUAUAUAUAUAUAUAUAUAUAUGAACUAAAAUUCGUAUCUUUCAAAACUUCCACAAUCCGUUCCAAAACCCGCAGCAACGCGCGGGCGUAUAUGCUAGUUAAACCAAUUGUACAGAUUAUGUAUCAUACCUGUGGCAAAAACGUUUGAGUUUGGAUUGCUGAACACA